UUGUUUCAGUUUCACCGUUUUUUCCCGCCCUUCAGCCAUGACGGAUUGGUGGACACAACCCGACUAUUACCGUAGGAUCAAUUAUGACUUAGAUUCUCGGGAUGAUCCGUGGAACGCGGGCAUUAGCUGGGGACAGUGGGACUACGCCACCGCUACGCAGUCCCCCGACCCUGGCACACAACACACGCAGCCUGCGGUUACCCAGCAACCAACGCCGUGCACAUCACAACACCCGCCGGCGCAGCCGGCGCCCCGGCCCACAGCCCCCGCGACUACGACAACCCCACAGGUCCCUGAGCCACAACGGCCCGCUCCGUCACCACCUACCACUGCUACACCCACAGUUUCACCACCUGCACCAACGCCCAACCAACCAGUUGCACCGCAGCCCCCCAUUGCUGGGGUACAAGGUAAGGGACUCUCACCCAUCGAUGCCGCCUGUAGUGAUGGCAAAGGAAUGAUGUUCAAGGGAAAGGAUGGCAAGGACGGCAAAGACGGCAAACAUGGCAAGGACUUUUACGGCAAGGAUGGCAAGGACUUCAAAGGCAAGGACGGCAAGGGAGAUGGCAAGGUCGGCAAGGAUGGCCAACAGGGGAAAAAUGACCACGACACGCAGAAUCCUGGGGCCAACCCCACUCCAGGCCCCGCCACUGCCCCCCCGGUCACCACUACGACCAAUACGAUGCCGGCACCGUCGGCUCCCGAAGCCCAACCUCCACAGCUCCCCGCCAAUGCAUUGAGCCGGGAUAGCACGACCACUCCUAACCCAACCACCCUCGGCACUCAGGCACCUCAGAUGGCACAGUCCACCCAGCCCACGCAUCUCACCCUGCGGUCACACUCUGGCCCUGAGCCUACCACUGACGCAUUCUCGCGUCGAGGUUGGCCCUGGCCUGUCGACGUCGACUCGGCGGCACAUCCCGUAUCGGCGAUGAUUGCCUUCCAAGUACAGCAGCUUGAGUUACAGCUGCAAGACAGCCGGAUCCAACAACGUGAAGGGCUUCGAUCGCUGCGGCUGGCCAACCGGGCAUGGCAGCGUGCAAACCCCCCCGCGGGCAGCACGCUCAAUCCAGUGCCACGUGAACUCGUCGACGAGCUCCUCUCAGCGUUCCAGGACCAUGAAAACCAGGUGGUCAGCUUAGUAGACCGUGUGCACGCAGGCAACGCCAACCUUACGGCCGAUGACGUGGUUUCGUCGUUGCACCACAUUCGAUUGUCAGCUUCCUUGCUUCGUAGCACCUUGGUGCGCGCGGCGGGUCAGUGACUACCCGGCAUCAC